AUGUCCCAGCCUGGAGGCCUCAGUUGUAAGUUGAGGUCCGGGCUCUCUAAGGCUGGUACUCCGGGAGCACCUAUCAAGAAGAAGCGCCCCCCAGUGAAGGAGGAGGACCUGAAGGGGGCCCGAGGGAACCUGACCAAGAACCAGGAGAUCAAGUCCAAGACCUACCAGGUCAUGCGGGAAUGUGAGCAAGCUGGCUGCACUGCUCCAUCGGUGUUCAGCGGUGCCCGGACAGGCACUGAGACUGUCUUUGAGAAGCCCAAAGCUGGACCCGCCAAGAGCGUCUUUGGCUGA